AUGUCUCUUUCGAAACUUAUCGGCUUCACAUACUCAAAGUCUCUCAUCUACUUUCUUCUUUUUACUGUCACAUUCUCGAUUUUUUCUUUUUCGCAACAAUCUUUUGUUCUCGGAGGGAGAUUCCGUCCCAGAUUUUCACUCGAGUUCAUAGACUUUAGAGAUCAGGGGAUGAGGUUGGCGAAGGAAGUUCAUCUAUGGAGUGUUUUACAAGGUGCUUUUGGGAUUGCUCAUAAUUCCUUCGGAGGGACUCUCGAAACUAGAAUCUGGGUAUAUACCCUUGGUGUCAUGGUAUCUUUUGCAUUACUUAAAUCCUGGGUUGCGAUUAGACAGAAAAGAAUUGCAGAGCAUCGAGUUUGGGCUAUUAGGACUUGGGGGUGGACAGGCUGUGUAAGUCAAGACUAUUAUUCCCUCCUCUCUGCGCUCGUUCUCAAUUAUGGCCGAAAAUUCAAUCGAGCUCAUGUCUUUUAUCAAUCUUAUAUCAUUGUCAGGAACUAA